AUGCAAGCACAGAACCUUGGGUGCUUGCCCCGUAACCGCCACGCCGCCACCCAAAUCACCCUCCUCUUCCUCAACCCCCUCGCCAGGACUGAGCUCAGGCAGGGGAAACGAGAGAGAGAGACUCAAAAGAAAGAGAAACACACACUCUCACUCUCUCUCUCUCUCUCUCUCUCUCUCUCUCUCUCCCCCUCUCUCUUCUCUCUCUCUCUCUCUCUCUCUCUCUCUCUCUCUCUCUCUCUCUCUCUCUCUCUCUCUCUCUCUCUCUCUCUCUCUCUCUCUCUCUCUCUCUCUCUCUCUCUCUCUUUUAUUUCGAGAUCAAAAAAGGGAGAUUGA